UUAUCUGUAUGACACAGAUCACCUUAUAUAUCUAAACCAUCAGGAAGGUUCUCCUUCAUUCACAGCUUCAGUGUCGCAGAGGUCUCCAGCUCCAUCAGGUACAUUGUUUACUGUGAGGCUAAAGUCAUGCAACAUCAGAUGGCUGGAAACCCUGAUACAGACUGGGGCAGUGGUCUCUAUGACUGCUUUGAGGACGCGAGCACUUGUUGCUAUGGUUUCUGGUGCUGCCCUUGUCUUGCCUGCACUGUUUCAGGACGGUUUGGAGAAAAUAAUUUUCUCCCACUAUGUGACAUUAUCAGCCCUGCUAUAACAGCAUCCUGUGGAAUACCCCUCUGUGUGCCUCCUGCAGUCCUGUCUUUAAGGGCUGCCAUUCGUCACAGAUAUCAUAUCAAGGGUUCUCUCUGUAAGGACAUCGCAGUGUCCUGUUUCUGUCUGUGGUGCUCCUGGUGUCAGAUGCAUCGUGAGUUAAAACAUCGCAAAAAAGGACCCAAUGUCAUCGUCGUGCAAAAUCAACCUGUUGUACAAAUGCAGCCUACAGUGAUGAUGGUUCCCCAAGCUGGUUUUAUGACCCAAACAGUGGUGAUGUCACAGUGAGCAAUGCGGUUUCUCAUUGGGUCUUCUGAAGGAAAUUCAACUCAUGCUGCUGUUUGUUUUGUACUGUAACACCAGUAUUGAAGUGCAAGUUUGUCAAUAAAAAAACAGACAAGUG